CCGCAAUCGCCCCUUGCGCAGACUCUCCCAUAUUCGCACAAAACUUUGCCAAAAUACGGGUAGAUUAAACUUCUAUACACAGGAGGACGGAGCUAUUUGGUCUUCGGUACCCCGGAGCAGGACUUGCAGAGUGCCAAGCUUGCAGCACAUCGGAAAAGCUGCGUUUGACGCGAGAUCAGAAGCAGCAGCAGCGGCAGCGUCCCUGCUGCCUGUGGCGCCACAGGGCAAUGCGCAACUAGGAUCGCGAGCGGUAGAGGCAGCAAGACACAGCGCAAGCGCAUUAGGAGGUGUAGCCAAAGGAGGAGCGGAAGCGACGGGAGGUAGCGGCGGGCGUGCUGCUGACUGACAGCCGCCUGCUUCCGCACUCUCUGUGCGGGCCGCUGGCGUCCCUCGCCAUGGAGGCCAACCGGCCCAAGGACCCAGACGAGGGCAAGGUGUUUGGAAGGGGCAUGCGCAGGGUCAACGAUCCCGCCAUGCCAGGCAGUGGCGAUACCUCAUCCUCAAACCCAUGUGGGGUUUCCACGCUUCCCCUUUCAGCCGAGGGUGCUGCGAGGGAUGGUGUGGCUGGGGCCCGUUGCCGUACAUCUAACCCUCACGGCGGUUCUGCUGUGCCUUCCGCCAGCGCGCGUGCUGGUACGGCACCCCUAACGGAGGCGGCUGCCGUCGGGAACGGCAACGACAACGGUCCUUGCAGCGCUGUCGACGAUGACGGUACGGCAGACGAACACCGCGAUGAUGCUAACCGUGAUGCGGCUGUUGCUGCUGCGGGUAAUGAUGAAGGGGCUGAUGACGGCGGGGUAGUGCCUUCAACCGGUGGCGGCAGUGGAGGCGCAACGGGAGCUGGCGGCGGAGGUGGCGGUGUGUCGCCCAUGCAGGUGGAUACCGCCGGCUCGCCGGACCCGCCGUCGGCGGCGGCGGCGCUGACGGCGGCGACUCCCGGGCUGGCGGCGACGUCGCCCGGCAGUCAGGGCCUGCGGCGGUCAGCCUCCAGCGGUAAGGGCAAGGGCAAGAGCAAGCAGAUGGACAUGGACCUAGACCUGCCGGAUCUGGAUUCGGAGCCGGACCUGUCGGAGCCCGAACCGGAUCCGGAGGCCGAUGGCGGUUAUGAGGAGGACGACGAGGAGGAGGACAUGGUAGACAUGGGCUCCGCAGCGGCGGCUGCUGCGCCUCCUGACGCAUUGCCUCCUCCUCCGGCGGGUGUUGCCUUGCCAACUGCUGCAGCAGCGGGUCUACCAGGUGUAACACAGGGAGCCCUCCACGACGCUCCUGGGGCCCUGCUGGUGCAACCCGCGGAAGCAGCGGCGGACGCCGAGGCCGCUGCAGCGACCGCAGCGGCGGCGGCGGCAGUGGUUCCAGGAGCAGGCGCGCCGCUGUCGUACAAUGCUGCCGCCGCCAGUCGUGAUGCCAGCGUGGAGGUUGGCGGCAGCGGCACGUACGGCAUGGGCCGUACCGGCAGUGAGGGAGAGGACGAGCAGGAGCAGCAGGAGGAGGAGGAGGAGCGCAGCAGCAACAGUGAUGAGGAUGACGAGGACGAGGAUGGUAGUGGCAUCGUCAUGCCGGGAGUGAAGAGCCGCAGUCGCAAGAAAUCAAAGAAGCAAGCAGGGGCAGCGGAGGCUGGCGACGGCGCUGUUGCCGCCGCCGCCGGCACGGCGGGGACCGCUGCUGAGCUGGAUGCGCCCGGUCUGUGGGCAGAUGACGAGGAUUACAUCUACAAGGAUGUGGACCCGAACGACCUGGACAUUGGUAUUGAGUUCCCCAAGAUGGAGUUCAAGCCGGAAGACCUGGAGCUGCCGCCGGACGAGUUUGCGUCCGGUGACAUCGGCCAUGUGGGGGAGGGCGAGGAGAUUGUGAUGGGGGAGGACGGCAGGCCGGUAAAGCGAGUGCGGCUGAGUGCGGCGGCGCUGGCGGAGGGGGAGGCGUUCAUCGGGCUGGAGGGACUGGUUUCCUGGGGCCGCGACGGCACCUACCGCGGCACCAUCACGCGCUUCGACCCCAGCCGCUCCCGCCACAUGUGGCUCAUGUCGUACGAGGACGGCGACGAGGAGUGGGGCGCCGUCACAGAGGACCGCACCGGCUGGCGAGUGCACGGGGGGCUGCGACCGGUGGCAUGGGUGGGGCAGCCGCCGCCGCCCACCGACCCGCUCAAUGUGGCGGCGGCGGCGGCGGACGCGGUUCCGGCGCCGGCUAGCGCUCAGCGGCAGGUGGCGUCGCCGCCGCCCGCACAGGGCUUCAUCGUGAACUUCAUGAACGCAGAGAUUGAGGUUGCUGUGGGUCGCGAUGGCCAGACCCGCCUGGGCACCAUCGUCGACUUCGACCCCAACCGCCCUCGCUACAAGUGGUACGUGCGCUACAUCGGCUACGCGGAGCCCGCGUACGGCGGCAGCGGCGAGUGGGGCUGCCUGGACGAUGAGAAGACCACCUGGCACACACACGGCUACAAGCGUCCCGUGCUGUCAGUCAACGGCGGCGUGGGCGGUCUGCUGCCUGUAGCGCCGCCCAAGCCCACCGCUGCGGCGGCUGCCGCCGCCGCAGGCGGCUUCACUCCGCGUAAGGGCCCCUUUGGCCGUACCGGCCUGGGUCUGCUGUACCUCAUAUCGGCUUCGGAGCCGUGUCCUGACGGCAAGUACCGGCUGCCUGUGAUGGCGCUGAGUAACAUGCGGGGCGGGUACGGCUCGGCAGCGGGUUUCGCAGCGGCAGCCACGGGGGCCAAGGGCGGGCUGGGGUUGGGUGCGUUGGGGCUGCCUGCCAAGCCGGAGCGGGUGAGCAGUCAGGCGAUGGCGGGGGUGCCGGAUGAGUACGGAGCCACGCUGGUUGGCGCCAAGAUUACGAUAACGGUGGGUCGCGGCCAGGGCCACAAGCGCACCGGAACCAUCACAGAGUACGACGCCAACCGCCCCAAAUACCGCUGGCGGCUUACCUUUGACGCGGCGGGCGAGCCGGCGCACGGCGGCAUGGCCGAGUGGGGCAUGCUCAGUGAGGAUCAGUCGCUGUGGCUGGCGCACGGCUACAAACGCAACAUCACAGCGCUUGCGGGGGUUCCAGACCGCAAGCCGAAACCAGCGGAGCCGCCGCCUCCGCUGCAUUCACCCAGUACGGCAGCUGGAAUGGCGGCGAGGGCGGUGUCGCCAGGGUUUGGAAGCCAGGUGCUGCAGGCGACGCCGAGUGUGGGAGACCGAGCUGCUGCUGCGGCUGCUGGGGGUGCGGCUGCUGGUGGAGAUGCCAUGGAUGUGGACGAGGGUGGCGAGGAUUGCGGGCCGGAGUUGAUGCCUGAGGAUGCGGAGGCGUCGCCUGGGGGGGUUGGUACGGCAGACGGCGACGCUCCGUCGGGCUCGGUACAGGUGAAGACCGAGGGUGGCGGCGGCAGCGGCGGCAACCCUGAUAUCGACCCCGAGGUCGACGCCGCGUUGCUGACGGCGGCGACGGCGGCGGUUGCCAUGAUGUACGGCGGCAAUCCCGAGGUGGUUUCGGAGCUGGGUAUUGACACGUCGGACCUGGUGGUCGAGCCGGUGGAGGAGCUGGGGACGAACCUGAUUGGGGCUCGGCUGCUGGUUACCGUGGGCCGAGGCGGCGCUCGUCGCAGCGGCACCAUCACGGACUACGAGCCCAACCGCCCGCGCUACAAAUGGCGCCUCGUGUACGACGCAGAGGUGCUGCCGGUGGGCGUUACACCCGCCGCAGCUGGGGGCAGUGCAGCGGCUGCUGCGGAGGGCGCCGCCACAGCGGCUCCUGCCGACGGGGCGGCUCCCACAGCCACGGCCACGGGCACAGCUCCCUAUGCAGCGGCGGCGGCGGCAGCAGGGGCCGGAGCCGCCACCGAGGGUGAAGCUGCGGCGGCAGCCCUGGCUAACGCCGACGCCGCAUCCCAAGCCGCCGAGGGGAAACCCCCGGCGGCGGCAGCGGCGGCUGAGGCUAGCAACCCGGCGGCCGCGGCGGCCGCAGAUGCCGCCGCUGUGGAGCCCUCUGCUGACGCCGGCACAGCCGCUGCCGGCAUUGUUGUGGAGGGCGAGUGGGGCACCCUGAGUGACGACCGCACCGCAUGGCUGUGCCACGGAUACCGCCGUACCAUCCUGGCGUCAGAGGGCGUGCCCGUACUUCCGGCGUCGUACUUCCUUGCUGCCGCCGCGGCGGCGGCGGCGGCCGCCGGCGUGCAGUCGCCGACCCGGAAGCGGCGACCGGGCUUCAUUGACGAGCAGUCCGUGGCAUCGGCGCUGCUAACGCUCGGCAAGCGGGCGCGGCGGGAGGCUAAGGCAGCGGCGGCGGCAGCGCGGGAGGCCCGACAGGCUGAGAUCGCCGCCGCUGGUGGUCAUGUGAUCCUGGUACAACACUCCCCGACCGCCGCAGCAACUCCGGCUGACGGCGCACCGAGCCAGCCCGCCGACGGCGAAGCCGCCACCACUGCUGACGCCGGCGGCGGCGGUGGUGAGGCCGCGGGGGGCAGCGGCGUGCCUCAGGUCAAGCGGGUCAAAGUGGAGCUCACACCCGGCGGCGAGACUGGGGCGAUGCCCGGAGUGACGUACGUACGACAGCCUGUCGCCACACUGGGAUUGUCGUACGGAUCGGCGGCGGCGGCGCCGUCGUCACAAGCUGCCGGCGGCGAGGGCGCCGCGGCAGGCGAGCCGGCUGACGCGCCGGUCAACGUUGGACCCGUGUCGCCGGUUGCGAACCCAGAAGGCGUGGUGGGCUUGGAAAUCGAGGUUGACCGGGUGCCGGACGGCAGGCAGCGGGGCCGCGUUCUGUCGUACGAUCCCAAAAAACCGCGUCUCCGCUGGCUGAUCCGCUACAAUGACGGCAACCAGGAGUGGGGCACGUUCGCCGACGACCUGUCGACGCUGCGAGUGUAUGGCACGAUCCGACCGAUCACAUGGACGUCGCGGCCGCCGGCGGCACUACCCAAGGGCAAGGGCGCGAGUCGUCGCUCUUCUGCCGCCAGGGCGUCGCCAGCCGCCGUCGGCGGCGGCGGCGCCGCCGCCGCCGCCGCUGCCGCAGUCGGCGCCGCAAUCGGCGCACCCGGCGGCAGCGGACAGCUGGUCUCUGCGGGGAGCGGAGGUGCUGGCAACGGCGGCGGCGGCAGUCGCCCUGCUCGCCGCAACUCGGAGAAUGGCGAUAGCGACUGGAUCGGCGGCACGGGCAGUGGCUACGGCAGCGCUGGCACGGACUACCGCUAUAUUUUCCGCAGGAACGGCAUGUGCCGCGCGCAGAUCACGCACCAAGGAUGCGCCAUAAUCAGCCCCUACUACGACACCCCCGAGGCCGCUGCCGCCGCCGCCGACUACUACAACUACAAGCUCCGCGGCACGUCUGCGCACCUGAACCUGGGCCUCACGCCCGAGCAGCGGCUGGUGCUGGACCAGCUGAGUCUGGAGCAGCUGCAGGCCUACAUCAAGGGGCGGGGGGACAUACACGACCUGUCCAAGGCACUGCUGCAGUACGCGGGCCCGGCCGGAAUUCAGUUGCACCAGCAGCUGCAGGCGCACCAAGCCAUGCAGCAGUUGCUGAUGCAACAACAGCAACAGCUCCUGCAGCAGGAACAACAAGAGCAAGAGCAACAGCUGCAGCAGCCGCAGCAACUGCAGGAGCAGGUUGAGCUGCCAAGGCUUGCAUCGCACCAGCAGCAGCAGCUGCAAGACCUGCAGGAGCAGGAGCAGCAACGGCAGCAGGAGCAGCAACGGCAGCAGGAGCAGCAACGGCAGCAGGAGCAGCAACGGCAGCAGGAGCAGCAACGGCAGCAGCAACAGGAGCAGCUCAAACAACAGCAACAGGAGCAGCUCAAACAACAGCAACAGGAGCUGCUAAAGCAACAGCAACAGGAGCUGCUCAAACAACAACAGCAACAGCAACUUCGGCAACAGCUGCUGGAGCAGCAGCAACAGCUGCAGCGACAGCAACAGGAGCAGCUCAAACAACAACAACAGCAACUACAGCGGCAGCAACCGCAGGAGGAGGACCUCCCUCAACAGAGCACCCAAGAGCUAGAGCUCCUGCGUCAACGUCAGCGGCAGCAGCAGUUCUACCUAGAACAAGCCCGGCGGCUUGCAUUAGCGGGCGGUAGCGCUGGCAUGGGAGCCGCCACGUCAGCCGGUCAGUUGGCCCCACAGCUCCAGCAAGCCUACCGCUUGCAGGCUCACGCCCAUGUUGCAGCGCAUCCCCAGGCCCCGGCACACCCCCACGCUCAAGCCCACGCGCUACAGCUGCAGCAGCUACAGCAGCUGCAAGCCAUGCAGCGAGCUCAGCAGCAACAUGCUGCUCAGAAGCAGCAAGGUGGCGAGGGCGGCAGAGGCCAUGUGGAGGGGGGGGAUGCGGGGCUGGAGGGAGGCGGUGCGAUGCCGUCGGGGUUGGCGUUUGGGGAGGAGGAUGCGGGCAUGGGCGUGGACUUGGGUCUAGGGCCGGGGAUGACGGAUGUGGGGGUGGGUUUUGCGUCGGAGCAUCAUCACCAUCACCUCCACCAGCACCCUGCGCAACACCAGCUGGCGGGGGAGGAGCUGCAGCAGCAGCAGGACAUGGAGUUGUGAUGGUGUGGAGGAGUGGCGACGUGCCCUGAUUAGGACGGGCGUGUCAAGGGGUGUCCUGGACUUGGAAGGCGUACCCGGACGUCCUGGACAACUGGGAAAAAUGUCAAGGUGUGGGAAGGGUGUCCUGUGAGGGUUGGCGCCUUGGCGGCUCUACGAGUUAUGGGAGUUUAGUGGUUGGUGCGAGCUGGGGCCUCUCCCGAGGAGAUGAAGCAACGCCAGUAGCCAUGCAGCGGUAAGCGUGAGCGCUGGUGAACGGCGAGGUGUGGGAUCCUUAGUUGUCAUUGGGCUGAAUAGAAUAGUUGUUGUUGUCGUUGUUGCGCAACGCUUUAGUGCCCUCGUGGAAAAGUGUAGGGACGGGAUUGGACAGGAGGCAAUGUAGGGAUGGGCUGGUGGGGGAUGAUUCAGUUCGAAUGACGGCUAGCUAGGCCGUAAUCGGUGAAGGCGGCCGUUGUGUCACAAGAUAGGUGUGGGCGCACAGCAUGUUUGCGUGGGGGCAGGAUGUCAUAGGUCAUGUUGAAAGCCGCAGCCUCCUGGGUUUUCACUCGAUAGCAGUAGUUUUCGAUGCAUGCUUGCGAGCGGGUCCUGGCUGCCAAUCCUGCCGUACCACGAAUGUACUGUACAAGGGAGGUAACGUACUGUGAGCUAGAUUGUCAUAUCAUCGAUGCGGCAAACGGCGUGUAACACUCGGGGUGUUGCUUGGCGGUCUGCUGCCAUUUUCGUCUGUGCCCCCUUAACGAUACUGUAAUCUACCAUGC